CCAGGAGUGGCAGGUGAGAAGGAGUUGCAGGUGAUUCAGCCUGAGAGGUCAGUGUCAGUCGCAGCUGGAGAGACGGCCACUCUGAACUGCACCGUGACCUCACUACUCCCCGUGGGGUCUAUACAGUGGUUCAGGCGGAUGGGGAAAGGCCGGAAGCUAAUCUACAGUUUCAAAGAAGGCCACUUUCCCCGAGUAACAAGUGUUUCAGGCACCACAAGGGGAAAUACCAUGGACUUCUCCAUCCGCAUCAGUAACAUCACCCUAGCAGACUCUGGUAUCUACCACUGUGUGACACUCUGGGAAUGGCUCCCUGAUGUGAACUUUAAAUAUGGACCAGGAAUUCGGCUGAUUGUGAGGGCCAAACCGUCUCCCCCUGUGGUAUCAGGCCCCAGGGGGAGGGCCCUACCUGGGCAGACAGUGAGCUUCACCUGUGAGUCCCAUGGCUUCUCCCCCCGAAACAUCGUCCUGAAAUGGUUCAAAGAUGGGAAUCGGCUCCCAGCCUUCCUGACCACCAUGAACCCAGAGGGAGACAGAGCUUCCUACAGCGUCUCCAGCACAGCCAUGGUGGUGCUGGCCCCGGGGGACGUUCGCUCUCAGGUGGUCUGUGAGGUGGUCCAUGUCACCCUAAAGGGAGUCCCUCCUCUUCGUGGGACGGCCAACUUGUCUGAUACCAUCCGAGUUCCGCCCACUGUGGAGGUUACUCAACACCCUGUGGCAGGGAACUGGGUGAACGUCACCUGCCAGGUGAAGAAGUUCUACCCCCAGCGCCUACAGCUGACCUGGUUGGAGAAUGGGAACUUGUCCGAAACAGAAACGGCCUCGACCCUCACAGAGAACAAGGAUGGAAACUUUAACCGGAUGAGCUGGCUCCUCGUGAAUUUACCAGCCCACAGGGAGGAGGUGGUGCUCACCUGCCAGGUGGAGCACGAUGGGCAGCCGGCGGCCACCAAAAGCCUCACCCUGGAGGCCUCUGUCCACCCGAAGGAGCAGGGGUCAGACAUAAAUACAGGCCCAGCAAUGUCUACUCAAUUCCUCAUCGCUUUCCUCCUAGGAUCAAAGGUGCUGCUGGCAGCUGGUGUCUCCGCCUUCUAUGUCCACAGGAAGCUGAGGGCCUGA